AAACUAACAUCUACCCACCAGUCAACAUCAACGAUGGACUCAAUUGCCAUUAUCCAAAAAGGCAAAGGCCUGACUCAAGGGAAUGUGACUCUGCCUCCCUUGAAGGACCAUCAGGUAUAUGUCAAAAUCGACUACGCAGCCUUCAAUCCAACUGAUCGCCUGGCUCUUGACGUCAACGCCUUCGGGGAUGGCGCAGUGCUAGGCUGCGACUUUGCUGGGAAAGUCGUGGACACCCAUUCAACUGUGACUAAAUUGAAGACUGGCGAUACUAUUGCUGGCUUUGUCUGGGGCGGAGAGAUCCAGGGCUUAGGAGCCUACUCGUGAGUUUUGCAAGACAACCAUUCUCCAGUGAAGCUAAUCAGAAUUUGAAGGAUGUACACAAUCGCUGACGAGCGACUGUCCUUCAAAGUGCCCGGGAGCAUUAAUCCCGCGGAGGCUUCUUCAGUUCCAUUGGCUGCUAAUACAGCAUGGCUUGCUCUCUUCUCGGAAGAUUGCCUUGCACUCAGUUCUGAUAAGACAGGAGAAAAGGCCCCCUUGUUGAUCUGGGGAGGUAACACAACCGUUGGCUAUUUCGCCAUUCAGAUCGCCAAGCUUCACAACAUCGAAGUCGCCACUACCUGCAGCCCUAAAAGCGUCGAUAAGAUGCGACAAGCUGGCGCAAAGCGAGUCUUUGACUACAACGAUGAGGAAGUUGUAUCCAAGAUUAGAUCAGCGGUGCCAAACCUGCAGCAUGUCUUUGAUACAGUUGGCAACGAAACCUCGUCGGCCACUGCAGCCAGGUCCAUCAGUCAACCAGGAGGCGUUCUAUGUACCGUUCGCCCAGGUAAAGCAAACACACAGGACGUUCCUUCUCAUAUCAAGGUCACGGAUGUCUUUGUUUUUACUGCUUUCCCUACAGAGCAUAGCUAUCGAGGCAAAGCGCAUUGGCCUGUGAAAAUGAAUGAUCACAAACUCAGUGCCGAUUUCCAUGCGCAGUUAGAGACGUUACUAGGAAACGAGUCUCUCAAGCCAUCUCCGGUCCGUCUGAUGGGACAGCUUAGUCCGUCUUCAGUUGAGAAAGCGAUGGAUCUCAACCGCCAGGGUUCUAUUUCGGGCGAGAAACUUGUCUUUGAAGGCUUUGCAUAGGAUAUCAGCCAGCGAUGAUUGUUGUAUUGGGCGGAGAUCCAUCUGAUAAAAGUAGUUCGUUCGCUUACCAAGCAAUAGAAAAACUAGAGACCGUUGUUUUCAUAACUUCAAGGCCCACUGACGUCUCUCGAUGCAACA